UCAUGAUGUUUGGAUCCAGUGUCUGUUCUGCCUUCCUGCAUGGCGAUUGCUCAAAGAGAGAUAAAUUAUUCCAUGAUCAAAACAGAUAAUUUACUUAAAUUUGAUUUGAUGAUUUAUAGUGUAUACACCUCGACGAUAAUAACUUAUUUGUUAAUAUAUUAAAGUUGUCAUAUUUCGGACGAUGUUCAGAUUCCACUGAGGACUUGUGAGAAGAUGACUUAUUUCUCGGUGUGGGUAAUUCUCGUUAGCGUGUGCUUAUCAUUAGUGGUGAUUUACGCUCAAGACAACAUCAGCCGAAGCAUACCAACACGACCAGUAGGUAAAGAAACCAGAGAAUCAAACGGAAUUAACAAUUUAGCUGGACAAGCGACCUCAAAGAGCCUACAGCAAAGAGAAUCAAACAGAAUCAGUUUUACAACUCCUCGGGUUGUUUUUCCCGACAGGCUCAUUCUUCGAGAAAAAGACGAAAACGGUUGGCGAACAAAAGACAGGGUAGCGGCCAUAUUGUGCUGGUACUGCACCAGAACUUGGUCUCCACAGUACUGCAUCACCAUAUGCCAACGCCAUUGGCUUAGAUGAUAUUGAGGACACGUUUUCUUUUCCUCUUCACUAGAACCCUUAGGGUAACGCCAUUUCUACUGUGAUUAUUUAUUAACGUUUGAAGAAUGCACCGUUCAUGACUCAUAACCAUACUUUGUUUUUCUUUUUAUAAACAUAUUGCUUAAAGAUUGUUAAGUUUAUAAUAA